AUGCUCAUAUCAACACUCAACAGCCUAGUUCUCUCGGCUUCAGUCGCCAUCUUGGUCGCAUUCACCACAGCUGCGCCUACACCUCUUCGACUCGAUCCCUGCGGAAUCCUUGGUGCCAAGCAAUUCAUACCCUUUACAGUCACAUAUGAAGACGUCGCCGACUGCUACGAAGCCAUCCCUUAUAACAACGCCAACGCUGCCACGACUCUCUCUACUAUCUACACAAUGUUCAACGAGUUCUACGUCUUCCGUAAUGCUGCCCUGACCCCCGAUCUCCCUGCACCCUUUUCGAUCAACUGCUACUCGAAGUUUUACUUUGUGCAGGCACUUUCAUUUUAUGCACCUCUCAUCAAUGGUGUUCAGCAAGUUCGAGUUUAUUCUGACCGCAGUGAAAGAUCUCAGAACUACUCGGACUGUUGUGUUUUGACAAUCGAAGGUAUCGAUGCCUUGACUUACAUCAAGACCUGGGCUGACGAGGAGGUUAACUUCUCGCGCGACGCCGGCGUUCGGCUCAACCAUGCUCUGAGUACCCAGACAUAUGAUCCCAAGACCAAGACGUUUAUUGAAAGUAUCAGUCCCUUUAGUGUUCGAACCAACCUGCCGGAUACGGAAUCUCUCCAGUAUGAGAUCCAGUGUGGACAAGCCGAGCCCGUUUUCUUGGAUGAGAGUGGGCAGUUCAUGUUGAGAACAAGGCCCCAUUCAAGGAUGUGGACUCGUUUAUACAUAAUGUAUGCGUGGCUGAGCCCAGAGCUGGGGAGCUUACGGUAG